AUGUUGCCAAGAAGUAGAACUCUUCCUAGCAGAAUCUACCAAGGAGUUACAGAAGAGAGGAAAGAUAUCAGACACUACAUAGAACUCGAACCACUGCCUAAAAUCAGAACUGAGACUAAACCAAUCACUAUUCAGUCCAAGUGCUUCGACGACGAUGGUCGCGUUAAGAGAACAGGAACAUUUUGGACAGCAACGGCUCAUAUCAUCACUGCUGUGAUAGGCUCGGGAGUUCUUUCGUUGUCAUGGGCAAUAGCUCAGCUUGGUUGGGGUGUUGGACCUGUUGUCAUGCUUCUAUUCGCGGUCAUCAAUCUCUAUACUUCUAGUUUACUAACACAGUGUUACAGAACAGAUGAUUCUGUUGCUGGACCGAGAAAUUACACCUACACAGAUGCAGUAAAGUCUAUCUUAGGAGGGAAGAAGUUUAAAAUUUGUGGUUUGAUUCAAUAUGUGAAUCUGUUUGGAAUUGCGAUUGGAUACACUAUCGCUGCCUCAGUUAGCAUGAUGGCCAUAAAAAGGUCGAAUUGUUACCACGAGAGUCAUGGAAAUGAUCCAUGUCAUAUGUCAAGUAAUGUGUACAUGAUAGCAUUUGGUAUAGCAGAAGUGAUAUUUUCUCAAAUCCCGGACUUUGAUCAAGUAUGGUGGCUAUCUAUAGUAGCAGCUAUCAUGUCUUUCACUUAUUCUGCAGUUGGAUUGGGUUUAGGUGUGGCCAAAGUAGCAGAAAAUAGAACUUUUCAUGGUCGCUUGAUGGGAAUUAGUAUUGGCACCAUGACACCAGCUGGAACUGUCACUGCCACACAGAAAAUAUGGAGGAGCUUACAAGCUCUAGGGGCAAUGGCUUUUGCAUACUCCUUUUCAGUUAUCCUCAUUGAAAUUCAGGACACCUUAAAAUCUCCUCCUGCUGAGCACAAGACCAUGAAAAAGGCCACUAUGUUGAGCAUCACGAUUACUACAGUGUUUUAUUUACUGUGUGGAAGCAUGGGUUAUGCUGCCUUUGGAGAUCAUGUACCUGGAAAUCUAUUGACUGGUUUUGGAUUCUAUGACCCUUAUUGGCUUCUUGACAUUGCCAACUUUGCAAUUGUUGUGCACCUAAUUGGAGCAUACCAGGUAUUUUCCCAGCCCUUUUUUGCAUUUGUUGAGAAGUGGAGUGCACAUAAGUGGCCAAAAAACAAGUUUGUGACAGCAGAAUAUGAUAUACCAAUUCCCUGCAUUGGAGUGUACAAACUCAACUUCUUCCGCUUAAUAUGGAGGACUAUUUUUGUUCUGUUGACAACCAUCAUAGCCAUGCUAUUACCAUUUUUCAAUGAUGUAGUUGGAUUACUUGGAGCUUUUGGAUUCUGGCCAUUAACAGUUUAUUUCCCAAUAGACAUGUACAUCUCACAGAAAAAGAUUGGAAAAUGGACUAAUCGGUGGCUUGGACUUCAGAUUCUUAGUGGGUGUUGCCUCAUCAUUUCAAUAUUAGCUGCUGUCGGUUCCAUUGCUGGGGUUGUUUUGGAUCUCAAGACUUAUAAACCAUUCAAAACAAGUUAUUAA